CCUCCUGGCUGCUCAACACCGUCUCCACAUGUACAGAUUGUUCUGCGCAGAGGCUCGACGGUCAUUGAUAUAUAAGAAGAAUGUCCAGACCCUUACCCAAAGAGCAUUUACUGCCCGUGUCUCGAAAAUCACCUGCCAUGAAGACAAAAAGGCACUCUCGCCUCAAACCCCAACAGCCAUCAAACUUCGCAGCUAUCAAGAAGAAUGUAUACAGGCAGUAUUAUCAUACUUGAAAGAUGGACACAGGCGGCUCGGAAUAUCUCUGGCUACCGGAAGCGGAAAGACAGUCAUUUUCACACAAUUGAUCGAUCGCAUCCAGCCCCCGAACAAGCGAGCGACACGUACGCUAGUUCUUGCUCACCGGCGUGAACUUGUAGAACAGGCUGCGCGUCACUGCCAGAAUGCUUACCCACACAAGUCAGUCGAGAUCGAGAUGGGGAAUAUACAUGCUAGUGGUAUGGCAGAUAUAACCGUAGCCUCGGUCCAAAGCAUAAGGUCUAGCGAUCGAACCUGCAAGUUCGACCCUUCACGAUAUAAGCUGGUGUUAGUGGACGAGGCACACCAUAUCGUUGCAUCACAAUACCUCGACGUGCUGGAUCAUUUCAAUCUGAAAGACUCAUCAAGCUCUGAGCAUGGAACCGCACUAGUGGGAGUGUCGGCAACCUUUUCACGCCUUGACGGGAGACAGCUCGGUCAAGUGAUUGAUCAAAUCGUUUUCCACAAGGACUACAUUGAUAUGAUCGGCGAAAAAUGGCUGUCAGAUGUUAUAUUUACAACAGUUGAAUCCCAUGCUGACAUUCGAAAGGUGGGUACUAUGCCCACCGGCGAUUUCCAGGCUGGUGCUCUUUCCAAGGUCGUGAACACCGACGAGAUCAAUGAGAUCACUGUACGAGCAUGGAUGGCUAAGGCAGGUAGUCGCAAGUCGACACUUGUCUUCUGCGUAGAUCUUAAUCACGUCACUCAGCUUACGGCGACGUUUCGAAAGCAUGGUUACGACGCACAAUUUGUAACGGGAGAUACUCCAAAGAAAACUCGCAGUGCUCGCCUAGACGCAUUUCGUAAUGGGGAGUUCCCAGUGUUGCUCAACUGCGGUGUCUUCACGGAAGGCACUGACAUACCCAAUAUUGAUUGUGUGCUGCUUGCUCGACCAACGAAGUCACGUAAUCUCCUAGUUCAGAUGAUAGGACGGGGCAUGCGACUCCAUGCAAACAAGGAGAACUGUCACAUCAUUGACAUGGUAGCCUCUCUGAAUACUGGGAUCGUGUCUACGCCAACCCUCUUUGGACUUGAUCCAGCUUCUGUUGUUGAGAAUGCCAGUGUUGGCGAGAUGAAGACCCUUCGCGAGCGGAAAGAGCAAGAGUUGGACCGUGAGAAACAGGCUGCCGACCUUGCGCGGAAAGAUUUACCUACUGCCACUCCUCGUGCAAACACCUCCAUCAGUUUCACUGACUACGACUCCGUUGCCGAUCUACUUGAGGACACCGCAGAGGAAAGGCUGAUUCGGCGAUUGAGUCAAAAUGCGUGGGUUGGCGUGGGUGAUGACCGGUAUGUCUUGACGACCCAGAAAGGUGAUUACUUAACCAUUGAGCCAAGUGACAGCGGCUUUCAUGUUAAGUAUACCCAAAAGCUGCCCUUCUCCGCGAAGUCUAAAGUUCCCUUUGCGAAGCCUCGUCAAGUUGCGGACUCGGAGACAUUCGAGCAUGCCGUACAUGCUGCCGACACGUUUGCAACCGAAGUCUUCCAGUUCAUUUUCAUAUCGAAACAUCAGAGUUGGCGUAGGACUCCAGCAUCAAGUGGACAGCUUGAGUUUCUCAACAAAUUCAGAGCCGAGGACGAUAAACUUAAGGCACAAGAUAUCACUAAAGGUCGUGCGGGAGAUAUGAUCACGAAGAUUAAGCAUGGUGCUCGGGGCCGAUUCAAUCGGAUGGAGGCGAAGAAAAAGGCUAUGACAAAACAACAAGCAAAAGAUGAAGUGGCUGCGAAUAUGGCGAUGCGUGAGGUCGUCUCUGUUGGUCCACUUAUGCAUUCCAUGCCAGAUACGAGCACACCAAUCGCUAAUGCAAACGAACGUAAUUCGUCGGUAACAUCACCGAGGGCAAAGUCCCAGCAAAAGAAUGGUAGUCGAACCCUCGUGGAGGCAAUGACGGCUCAUCGAUGACCCGAACAAGUUGAUGAUAUACACUAUAUGGCCUACAAUGUUGCGUGACGAGGCGGGCAGGUGAUACCUGCUUUUGGUGCCAUGUCUCAAGAGUAU